UUACAGGCUAACGGCACAGUCUAAAGACUACAUAGCCCAGCUCUGCGCGCUAUGAAACCGAGGCAGCGUAAACAGUACUUCAGGAACAUGAAAAGAUCGGAUGACAGUGAGAGGGAAAAGAGGAGAAAGAGGCGGAGGCUUAUACAGGAACUGGGUGAACAGAGGAUUCCCUACCUUUCUCCUGCAGACCCAGGAUUUCAGGAACUGUGGGACUCCAGUUAUGCAGGACUGGCUUUACGACAGUCUAGUGCCCUGCCAGAUGGUCUCCAUGAGAGGGUGCAGUCUGCUUUGAUAACUCUUCAGGGGCGUGGAUGUCUACUCCGAGAUCUUGUCCGAGUCCGAGACCGGGACGUCUUCACAGCUGUUUCGCGUGCUCUCGUGGGUCAGCCGGGCUACACAUACCGUUAUCUGGACACCCGUCUGUUCACUAUCCCCUGGCACUGUGAGGGAGAAGAAGCCCAGAAAGAUGAGAAAGACAAACCUUGCUGUGACUCCGACCUGAGGGACGCUUGCAAAGCACUGUGGGAGCUCAAUCAGUUCUUUUGCUCGGAUGUAAAUCAGCAGACAAAUGCAAGAGGCGUCAAGCGUUCCCGCAGUGACACUGAAAACAGUGAAGACACACCGGGGGAGGGAAUGUGCGAAGAGAGUGUUAAGGACAGGUUACUUGAGGAGAAGCAGGAGAAAGAGGAGGAGGAGGAAGAGGAAGAAGACAGCGGUCAGGGCUGUUCUCAUUCCUCCCCUCCUUCAUCUGCUCCGCCACCUGAUGUGGCCGGCCUGGUUCAGUUCAACAUCACCCUCAUCAACUACAUGGACCCUACAGCCAUGACCCAACUGAAGGAAGAGCCGUAUUACGGCAUGGGCAAGAUGGCUGUCGGUUGGCAUCAUGACGAGAACCUGGUUCCUCUGUCACCAGUUGCUGUCUACAGCUAUAGCUGCCCAGCAGAACCAAAGAAUGAAGGGGUGACUGAAAAGGACGGGGAGGGACAGAGUAAAGAAAAAGAAAAACUAAAAGAAACAGAGACGGAAGGUGAAGGAACAAGUAAAGAAGAACUGAAGAAAGAAGGAGGAGAAGGUUCGGAGAAGGAGGAAGUGCAGAAAGAGAAGGCAUGUUGGCGUGUUGGACUGAAGGUGGCCUGGGACAUUCACACACCAGGUCUGGCUUUGCCUCUACAGUCCGGAGACUGCUACUAUAUGACAGAUGAUCUGAAUCGGACACAUCAGCACUGUGUACUGGCUGGUGACACGGCUAGAUUCAGCUCAACUCACAGAGUUGUACAGUGUUGUACAGGAACGCUGGACUACAUACAGAAACGCUGCUCAGAGGCCUUGGAGAAUUUACACACCGACCCUGAGAAGACCACCAAGAGCCUGAAGUCCCUCCUCCCCUCCACCCUCCAGCGCAUUGAGGACAUCCACAACGAGGUGGAGUUUGAAUGGCUGAGGCAGUACUGGUUCCAGGGCCGGCGUUUCGCUCGAUUCUGCAGCUGGUGGACUAAACCCAUGGAACAGAUGGAGAAAGACUGGAAGGAAAUGGAGCGAAUGACUCAGCUGCUGUUGGCUGUGGUGGAGGACGAGAACACAGCACAAGAGAACAGAAGAGAGAUGGCAGACAUUUUACUGAACGCCCUGACGGACAGACAGCAGCACAGACAGACAUGGAGGGACAGAUGCCAGUCAAGCUUGGCACAGACCUUGCCCUCUGAGGAAGCGCCUGUCGACCGACCCUAUUGGAGUAAUGAAGAUCCUGACAUGCCUCUCUCCUUUGACCUCUCUGAAAUCAUCAACCGCGUUGAGUCGCUUCUCUGGAGGAUGUGAGAUGUUAGUGAAGGAGUGAGAUAAAUGGAGAAAAAGAAUGUUAUGAGGUGGAUGUUAAGAGAUAGAGGCCGGGAUGGAGAUCACAGGUGACCAAAAACAAAAAAUAAAACAAAAACAAAAAAACAAUACAACAUACACCUGUUUAGUUUCUCCUUUCUGGCCCACAUUUGCUUGAAGACCAACAUUCACCGUCACACACACCGCAUUGAGAUCCACUCGGAUGAAUGGACGGAUAUAAGGAUGGAUACAGGGGUGGAUACAGGGUGACAUCUGGAUGGGACAUUUUAUUUCCUAUUUCCAUCAGUAUCGUUUACUAUCACUUUAACAGAGUCCGUAGUGUUACAAUGACCAUGCAUAGACACAUAUCAGUAGUAGCAUAUGAUACCUAUCCAUAAAUAUAGCUAUAUAUAUCCAUCAAUGUAUGUAUGUUUUAGUUCAGUUCUCCAUAUAUCCUCUGAAGCUUUUUUUUUUGUUAUUAUUUUGGACAGGCAUUAUGUAGAUGUAUACAGUAUACACAGCUCACUUCUCUUCUGUGUGUGUGUGUGUGUGUGUGUGUGUGUGUGUGUGUUUGUCUGCGUGCCAUUUUUUGAGGGGGAAAGUCGGUAAAAAUAAAAAUGACAUUGUGGGGGUGUAUGACAUCAUUAACGGGUGUCAUAUGCGUGCCGUUGCCUUUCACCUGGCGUAUUGUCUAGGGAUUUAGUGUGUUUGAAUGUUUGCGUGUGCGUCCAUCUGACUGUUUGUAGGGAGAAGGUAAAGUAAAAGUUGUUAGACUGACUUUGUCAGUGACGUUUGUCUAUAUAGGUGCAUGUAGGUACGAGACACGCACUUGUGUAUGUAAUCGGUUUUAUUUUUGUGUGAUUGAAUAUGAAUGUGUGUGUGUGUGUGUGUACAUAAGAUGUUUCUCUCCCAAAACGAGUAGUGUCGAUAGGCGGCUUUUGCUGAGCUUUCCAAGAGAACUUACACCCCUUGUGUCGCAUAAUUCUCGCAGCUCAUUGGCUCCUAACCGUUCAAUAACGCCUGCCUAUGUCUGAAAAGCUGCCAGUUUCGGGAGGAAUGCACUCAAGCAUCUUUACACGAUUGAAGGAUGAAGAAAAGCACUCUGAUGUCCUCUAAACGAAUGAAGGAUGAAUGAAAAAGGGAUGACUGUUGAAGUCCAGCAGCUUUCUUUUUAUUUUUAUGUUUUUCUAUGUCAUCAGUGUUAAUGUAGAAGAUCCAUAUUAUAGUAUUCAAUGAAGAUGCUUAAAUGUGUUUUAUACUUUUGAAGUUUUAGAGUUGUCAUUGGUUGCCAAAUAUUGUGUUCUUGCUGAGUAAAUGCUGUGAGGUUGGUAUAUAAAUAUAAAUAUAUAUAUAUAUAUAUAUAAUCUUUCUUUCAUUGUGUUUUUUUUCUUUUUUUUUCCUGUAUUCUUUCUCCGGAGUGCCACAAGCCCCUCUGCUUUUCUGAAAGCGUUGUGUGUGCAAAGCACUAGUUAUGAUAGAAAUAAAAUACAAUGCUGGUUUAUCAAUCAGUGCAUGGGUAUUUGUUCUUUUUUUUUUAUUGGUAGCAGUUUCUUUACAUUUUUAUUCAAAGUUAUCAGAGAAUUAUUAUUAUUACAUUAUGUAAUGCUUAAAGGGUUAGUUCACCCAAAAAUGAAAAUUAGCCUUUGAAAAUUAAACUUUGCUUCCAUUGCUCCUGUAAACAAACUCACGAGGCUAGCAUAUCUCAGAGGCGCGAUGCAUACGUCCUACGUCAUCCACCGGAACGGCUUCCGCGUAUGAAAGUUAGCAGAAGUGAGAAAAAAGUAUUUAUAACAUUUUAAAUAUGGAUAUUUUUCUUACAAAAGUGCAUCAAAUGUAUUAUUCACCCCCGGAGCCAUGUGAGGCACGUGCACUUUAUUUGACUACUUUUGGACUGUUGAACAAAAACACCCGCCUUCUCUCCCAUUCUAAAGCUUGGAAGAGCAAGGAAAAAUUUUAACAUAACUCCGAUUGGAUUCGUCUGAAAGAAGAAAGUCAUAUACACCUCGGAUGCUUUGAGGGUGAGUAAAACAUGGGCUAAUUUUCAUUUUUGGGUGAACUAACCCUUUAACAGACGAUCAUUUGAUUGUGCGUUCAUAUAGAUUCAAAUGUUUAAGUACUGUUCAUUUAUUAUUUUGUAUCAGUAUAUAUAACCUAUGUAUCUUUUAAGCAUUAUAUAAUCUGUUAAUGACUAAUUCAUUUAAUUAAUAUGAGAUGAUAGAAGUGUUACCUAUAUAUUUAUACAGUGGGGUCCAAAAAGUCUGAGACCAGUGAAAAUGCCCUUAUUUUGCAUUCUUUAGAUUUAAGUUUUUCCCCCUUCAAUCUUUUUCCCCUGGAGUUCAAUCUAAAAAUUGACAAAUUUUUGAAUGGUUUGGUAUGUGGUUAAUUGACUUCCAAACAGAAAACAUCUGGCCUUUUGUGUGCAUGAGUUCACAUGGUCACUGCCAUAAAUUUGAUUUGGUGACCUUGAAAUACACAAUCUUGGUUUUUUGUUUUUUAUUUAUUUUUUAUUUUUUACUUUUGUUUUAAAUUCUAUUUUGUAUCUCAGAUGUGGUUUUAGACUUCUGGAUCAAACUUUCAAUUCAUUGUGUGAGAGAGAUGCUGUCUAUUUAUCUGCUUUGAUCUGAAGUGUAUUUGUAUCAGUCUUUAAUAUAUUUAUUUUCCUCUCAAA